AUGGCAUCUAGUUACAGUUCGAGCACAGUUGUGCAAUUGAAAGAGCUUUUAAAAUCAAGGGGGCUUCCCAUGAACGGAGUAAAGGCCGACUUGAUUGCCAGACUAGAGGAAUCAGAUAAGAUUGAUGCUGAACUAGAUGAGCAAGAGGAAAAAGAACAUACUGAUGAUGAAAAAAAGCCUGAAACUGUAGAAUCAGCUCCUUCUACAGCUCCUGUUGUUGCUGCUCCUCCGCAAAAUGCAGCAACUACCCCAAUUGAACAAGCUGAGCAAAAGCCUAAGGAGAGUGUUGCGACUCCAACAAAGCCGGCAUCCCAAGAAGCAAAGCCAAAGCCGGUGGAAAAGAAGAUUGUGUCUUUGGAUCAGUUAAAGGACGAGGCACUGGAUAUGUUAAAGAAGAAGAUUGCAAGAGCCGAGAGAUUUGGUUCAGAAGCCGAUCUCAAACCUCUGAAGACCAUGCUAAACAGAAUCCAGAAGUUUGGUGUGUCUCCAGACUCGGCUAUUGCUCAUGAGCUAGGAUAUAAGUCGGAGGCUCAGAGAAAGAAGGAGGAGGCAGAAAGAAAAACCAGAGAGUAUUUGCAGAAAAAGAAUGGUGAGCAAAAUCACGGCCAUAGAAGGCACAGAAGACGGUUUAGGCCUUAUGCACGUGAAAGAACUAGAUCAUGA